GGGACGUUGUCGUGCGAUCACAGGGGCGCACUACGAGAGAGGGCGGAUCUGACUGCACAACAGCUAACACUACAGCGUUCUGAAUUUUAAAAACAACAACAAAGGGAAGAUGGACUUUAGUUUACGUGAUGCAUUCACAGACGGAGCACCUAAAGCAACCCAGGAGAGCCUGCUGAAAAGGGAUUUUGUGGCUGGCUUAGAAGCUCAGAGCUUUGACGAUAAAGUGGGCGAGACUGUGGGGAAGACUGAGUACCGCCCCCUUCUGGAUGGGAUGGAUGGAAAGAGGGAAGGGUCUGGCUUCAUGUCUGGAGGCCUGACUGGGGAUCAACGACAGGACCCUCAGGGAGACAUACGUCCCAGUCCGACUGGACAAUACGUCUACAAGAAUGACUCUCAAUCAGGCCCAGCAUCAAUGAUUGGAAAUCCUCUCCAAUUGGGAAACCAGCAAAUGGGAUCUACAAUGAAGGAUAACAGCAUAGACUCUUUUUUGGGGUUCUCUCAGCCUGGGAUGAAGAUGGGUAUGAAUAUGAAUGUUGGCAUGGCUCCUUUCCAAAGCUCCAAACCCCCCAGUAUGGUUGAACCUCAGAAGACCUCACCAUUGUUUGCCAACGAACCACCCAAACCAUCCCAGUUAUCUGCUAAUCCAAUCACAACAAGUCCUUGUAUCAGCCAGGAAAAUUCUACAGAUUGGGGAAACCAUCGGACAGGUGAGGAAAUGCUCUCUACGGAGCAGUUCCAUACCCCCAACAAGGCAGAACAGAGUCCGACUAAUCCCUUGGGUUCUCAAGAUACAGCAUCUGGGGAAGAAAAAUCCACUGAGGAAGGAACCGGGAAGCAACAGAAUAGGAAAAAGAAGAAACGCAAGAAUAGGGAUGAAAUGUACGACCUUCUGGACCGUCUUGGUUCCCCAGAGUCUGAAGAGACUCCAUCAGAAAGCUCCAACCAUGGUUGCCCCUCACCUUCCAUCAAAAAUGAAGAAAUCUGGGAGAGCGAGAUCCAGGAGAGAGGGGGAGGAUGCAUUAAGGCCAAGAAGAGUAAGACCAGGAAGAAGCUUCCUGAGGAAUGGGGCGCUCCUGCAGAUCAUUGCAACAUAUCUGGGUCAUCUCAACCAAAUCGUACAACCAUAAUGGACAUGGACUUCAGCAGCCCUAAUUUGGUUGAUUCCAAGACACUGUCUAAUGUUAGCAUAGAUCAGGGGAGUACACCUCCUACAUUCACACCUGAUUUUCUGCACCUCACGGACACGCAGGCAUGUAGGCCCCAACCGACUGGUCAGGCAACCUCCUUAUCCUCCAAUCACCCUAACUCAACUCUCAAGAUGGAGCGGGCAAUGUUUGAUAUAGAUAAAUUAUCUGAAGAUUAUGUUGGUGACAAAUCUAAACUAGUACUGCCUGGUAUUCACCCCUCAGAUAAACUGCCCAUGAAUGAUACUUACUCGAUUGAUCCUAAGUCAAACCUAGCCCUCAGUCCAACUCAGACUGUCUUGUUUCUUGACUCAGUGCUACAGGCACAGACCCCAGACGCAAGCCCCCCAUCCCAGAGCACACCAGUGAAAACCCCUCUCCCUCACACCACUGCCCCAGAGCCUGCUCUUGAUCCAACCCCUGGCCCACUGACCAUCGGCACAGACAGUCCUGCCUCCAAAAGCACAUCAGUUAUUAGUCCCUCCUACUCAGCUAUCCCCCCCAGCACUGCAGUGGGUUUAAACCCAGAGGUUCCGUCUUUCGUCCCUUCAAUCACGGAGCAGCAGGAGCCCCCGCUGGCACAGUCCCCCCUACUGGAAGUGAAAGAAGAUAAGACAGCCAAGGGGAAAAUGGAGAAGGUGGACACUUCCCCAAAGAUGGACAACAUCAACAUCAUUGAGAAGCAAGACAAGCCUGAGAAGAAAGAGAUAGACAACGCCACAAAGAAAGUGGAAAAUGUGGACAAGACUCAGAAGAGUGAGCAGAUCAUCAAAGAUGAGAUGAAAGCUGAGAAUAAGGAGAAACAGGAUAAUAAAGCAGAGAAAAAUGAGAAGGUUGAGAAAGUGGACAAACCUGAGAAGACAAACAAGGAUAAAGAGGAGAAGAAAUCUAAUGGAAAAAAAGUGGACAAGACAACUAAAACUGAGAAGAAUGCAAAGACUGCCAAAGAGACCGCUAAGUCCCCAACGGCCAAUGGGAGCAAGGAUGUGACCAGCCCUUACAGUAAGGCUAAGUCUUCUGAGAGUGCCACAGCAACCCAGCGUCGCCCUCCAGUGCCUAAGGCUAAAGCUAAAAAAACUGAAAACCAAUCAGGAGAUGUGAAAAAGACAACACCAGUUAAAACUACCCCAAGGACAACUUGCACAACACCCUCUGCCAAUGCCACCAGCAUGGCAGACACCAAUGGGACCCUGACACCUCGUCCCUCACGCAUCACCAAACCCCCCGUGCCCAAGCAGGCUCCCUUGGAGAGGAAGCCCCCUGUGCCUCGGGCCCCCCGGAACAUCCGGCCCACCAAUGCACCCCUGCCUGAUCUAAAAAACGUGCGCUCCAAGAUCGGUUCAACAGAUAACAUGAAGUACCAGCCUGGUGGAGGCAAGGUCUCUGCAGCCCAGGGCAAGACUGAUGCUCUGCCAAAGACCAGCCAGGGCAAAGUUCAGAUAUCCCACAAAAAGCUGGACUUCAGCCACGUCACCUCCCGAUGUGGCUCCAAGGACAAUAUCAAGCAUGUUCCGGGUGGAGGGAAUAUUCAGAUUCUAAAUAAAAAGGUUUACUUGAGCAAAGUGACCUCAAAAUGUGGAUCCAAGGACAACAUAAAUCACAAGCCAGGUGGUGCUGACGUGAAGAUUGAAUCUCAUAAGGUGGACAUCAAGACCAAGUCCAAAGUGGGAUCCCUGGACAAUGUAGGCCAUGAACCAGGAUGUGGCAAUGUCAAGGAUGAGGGGGUUCAGCAGAAGUCUGAGGGAAGCCCAUCUGCCCAUGCCGUCUCCUCACCCUCUCAGGCAGGCAACGGAGCAAAGGAGAAUGGGCUGAAGGAGAGCUCUCCUGCUCCCGUACCCUCUCUGGGAGAGAGGCCCCGGGAUUCCCAGGGCCUGGAAAAAUGUAUCCCUAAGACAAAUUAAGUCUUACAAGCUGAGCUUUCUCGCACGGACCAUGACGCUGAAAUCAUCUCCUGGUCCCCCCUAAAUGGCAGCCACCUCCACCCACAUCGCAGCACCUCUCUCAGUGUUUCUCUGGGGUCCGCCUUGUCCUCACACUCAACCCAGCUUGUCCCAUUCACUCAGCCAUGAGAUGGGUGCAAACAAUUACACUAGGAGAAGUAUUGUGCUUUUAUCAUGGCAUGUCCCUUUCAAACUAGUCUUCUCAUUACUGCAAUCAUUAACCUUUUCUCUCUUUUACAGUUUUCUUUGUUUUCCCUGCUGGGAGAGUUUCAAAAGGGCAAGGCUCUGGCUUAAUUUAUAGUGCACCUGUUUGAAUGCAGAAUUUGGUUUGAGGCUAGAGCUUUCACAUUGUUGGAGAAAGAAUUAUGAUGAUCCUGAUCAUGAUAGUUCAGCCACUGCAAUAGCUCCUAGUGUCAUCUUUGUUAGGAUCACAGCAUUUAGAGUGCUUCUUUCUAGACUUACUACUAGCCAGUGCUAUCCCUGAGACAGACAACACUCUUUCCACCCUCUGUCUAUAUGUUUGGCAGUAGAUAUUCUACAAUGAAAACCCCAGAAUUCACUUGAGAUGUAGCUUAUUACAUCAAAUAUAAUUAGUUGUUGUUAGUGUGUGGGGCUGUCUUAAAUCCUAGUCAAUAUGAAUGACUCAGCCGCCAUCCAUCCAACUGCUUCCUAUGCUUCACUGGCCUGUCCUGUCCUGUCCUCCUCACACAAAUUAUAAACUCUGGUCCCCCCAGUAUUUUAAAGAGCACUUAAUCAUUUGAAACUCAUAAGCUGUUUAAAUAACUGCAUAUUUACAUCUUCAAUGAUUUUGCUGUAUCGUGUUUGCAUAAAUUACUGAAACAUAAAGCUGUAUCAUUAUGGUAUCUAGCAUCUGAUUAUAUCUUCAUCUUUCCAGAAUCUUCUCUCUUAUGAGUUAAUAUAACAAAAAAUCCUCUAACACAUAACAUGCAUAUACUACAGCAUGGUACAGUAAGAGGAAAAGGCAAUGGCACCCAAACUAAAUAGACAGGAUGGGGAGGAAUAGAGAGAUGGAUAAAGAGAGAUGGAAGGUGUGGUGAAAUGCAAUGUCAGAAACAAAGUAAGAAUGGAAAUAUGUUUACAGUCCAUACACAGGUCAUAAUUAUUUGCUCAAAGGUCCAAGUCAUCCUUCACUAUAAAUUAAUUAUAGUUCCUGAAGUCUAAAAAGUAGGAGACGUUUGCACUGAACAAAUGAACUGGAAUGUGCGAUGGCCCAUUACAUAAAAUACUGUAUAUGUAAAUGGAUCCUAAAUGAGCAUUGCAAUACAAUCCAAUUGAUGAAUUGUUGUUGAGGCCAAGUGAUGUAUUACCAUAAAUUAUUGAGUUUUUUUUUAGUUAUUCACAAAGUAUUUGAAUACCAUAGUUCCCGCUUCAAACCUACUAUUGGAUGGUUGCUUUUGUGACACUCUUGACACCAUUUCAUAUUUUAAAGGUACAUUUUUGGGCACUUUAUUGAUAUUUGCAUUACUCUAGAUAUGUAUAGCUGCACAAUGCCUGCAGAAUCAAAAGGUUGAUCAAAAUGUUGUUUGUACACAGGGUUUGGUUCACUAUAUGUUGUGUCAUAUUAAACCAUUUUUCUUCCCUGGUAUUUUAUUGUGAUUUCAUGGUAGUUCAUUGAUGGUGGUAAUAUUGUAGCAUAAAAAAAUUACUAAAAAAAAUUCAAGAGGCCCAUGAUACUGAACAAUGGAGACCAGGACAUAUUGAAUUAUGCAAAUAUCUUAUAAAAGAAUGAACUAGUGAGCAUUCAAAAUGCACUUUAUGGUGGAUGUUUUAUACUGCAAAGAGAGUGAUUUGAUUGACUGAGCACAUUUCCCUAAAUCUUUUCCUCUGGAAAAUUAAAGAGCCCCAGUUUCUCAAAAGUGAAAAUCAUGUACCUGUAUAUCAUACAGUAGUUUGUAAAUACAGUAUGUACGAGUGUGCACCAGUGUAUUUAGUGUAGAGCAAUUAUGCUUGGCAAAAUGGUCAUGUCUGUAGUUCCUUCUGUGAUUAGUGUGUACUGUUCAGGGGCUACGUCAAUAAACUUCAGUGUUGUUCUCUUGAUACAGUGAUCAUAACAUUUCAUGUUUUCAGUCAGAUCUAUUUUGUCUAUCAAUCAUUUCCUUAACCAGUGAAACAUGUUAGUAGACUUCUCACGUCCCCGCAUCAAUCCUCUCAAAGCAGUUUUGUACAUACAUGUUUCACAGUUUAUAUCCCACAGUGGAAUAAUAAAAAAAUUAAAAAACACUUCUUGAUUGGUUUGUGUAGAGAAGCAAAGUGAAGAUUUUGCAUCUAUGAACAUUUCUAGGACAGUAUUUUAUUAAGUGAGACUGCCUUUAUUUUAAAAAGGGCUGGCAAACAAGAAUGUUUUUGAAAAGAAAAAACAUUAUGUGUGUAACUUAUCAGUCACAAACAAAAUGCAAUGUAAUCAAUAGGUGGAGGAGUGUGAUCAGUUUUGACUGAGGAAAGAAAAUGCUGCAGCACUCUGAAGAUUCAUGUAUGACCUUUGGUGUAGAUAUAGCACAUCAUUCUGGUAAUGACUUGAAUGGCCUGAGGCAGAAAGUGGGUUGAAAGGUUAAAGGUAGGCCUAAACCGUAACCACAGGAACAAUGAUUCCUCCCAUAAACUGCACCUGACCUUGAAUGUUGUUUGGAUAUCCAUGCAGCACAUAUACGAAUAUGACUAACUGGUAGGCUAAUUGGCAUGUUUAAAAGUAGAUACAGCUCUCAAAAUUAGGCAGCAAAGGAGCCCCAUAGUCUAUAUGUUAGGACUGACAAUGUGUGUAUUUCCCAUUGAACGCACCAAAAGAGCAUGCUGAGAACAAUGUUUUGUUUUAUGUUUUUUGUUUUUUUUUUGAAUGAAAGAGAUAUUCAUUGUGAUUGAUUGUUAACUUGUGAUGUGGAUAUUUAAUCAUGAAUAAAAAGAGA